UUGCGGCCGCGGUCAGGCGUGACGUCACGGUGUCUGCAGCGCCUCCGUGCUGGCUUUGUGCGAGGGCGACGCGGAGAUGUUUGGGCGGACGGAGCAGCUCAGGAUCUACUUUCAUGGAAACACAUUAAAUAAAGGUGCAUUUGAGAGGCCAAGAGGCGGGGAGCCAUGCAGAGUCCCACCCGGGCGAACACAGGGCCAGACCCUGUGACCACAGCACCCACAGAGACGCCACUGGACACGGACACUGAGGCUCAGCCAGCACACCGAGAACCACACGAGGAGACGAUCCAGCCUGAGGCUCCUGUCGAGACGGACACGGUGAUCGCAUCGCAGCAGGAUGAGGCAGGGGCGCAGACACCUGCAACCGUGGCCGUCACACUAGCAGUGGAAGAAGAGACUGCUGUGCAGCCUCCUCGUGAGCCCUCAGAGGACCCAGGGGGGCUGGAGAUGGACUCUGCUCUAAAGCCAAGUGCACCCGCACAAUCUGACAGAAACACGGAUCCGCUGCGCGAUGGGAAAAAGGCGAAGAAGCAGGACAAACGUGAUGGUAGGAAAUAUGUUCCUUCCAAGAAGGCCAUGAUAGAUCCUCUGAAAAUGGACAUGUCCAAACAGCUGGCUGUGCCUCUAACAACUUCUCAGCUCUCCCUGCAGUGCAUUGAGUGCCACAUAAUCUUCAGUGACCCCAAGAGCAAAGAGCGUCAUCUGAAGUUGAGCCAUCGGGCAGAAUAUGAACAGUGCAUACUGAGGGAUGCCCUUUUCGCCUGUUACGUUUGUGACCGCCACUUCACAAACUCCACAGAGCUCAUGGUCCACCAGAAAGCCCACAUCGAGAAGAAACCCUUCAAGUGUCCGAUCUGUGGUGUGGCCUUCAACAAGUCAUCAGAGCUCACCCUUCAUAAAAAAAUUCAUUUUGGCCAGGAUGGGUAUGCCUGCACCGACUGUGGCAAACCUUGCAAAACUUUGACAUUGCUGAAAUAUCACCGCCGGACACACACUGGAGAAAGGCCAUAUGUUUGCAAGGAAUGUGGAAAAAGGUUCAGCAUGUCCAAAGCUAUGCACAAACAUUUUCUGUCACACUUGCCAGAGGGAGCUGAAGUAGAGGAGGGAGCCACCACAGCUAAAGCACAACGGAAGAACAAAGAUGGUCCUCCUUCAGUAAAGUAUUCUUGUCCCAUAUGCAAGGCAAAUUUCAAGACUACCAAGACACGGAUACGUCAUAUGAAAAUUAAGCACAACAUGUUGCCUGCUCCAGCCAGUAAUGCCCGAGCAGCUGUGCAGCAAGUGAAACAAUGUACACCCAUCAUAACUCCAAUAUCUAUCUGCCAACCGGGACUACUACAGCUGGAGCCCAAUGGACCUCUGCAAAAAGUUGAUUCCAAUAUUGACACAGAGCAGAUUCGCCGACUAAUUGAAUCUCUAGGAAAUGUGCAGAAAGUGAACCAAGUAGUCAUAUUGGGGCAGGUGCCCCCUCAUGCGCCACCACUGGAAUUGCAACAGAUAUCACAGAUGGCAGAACCAGUUAAUAUCAGUCCGCCACAGAUAGAUUUUAUAGGACUGAACCAGUCAGAAUCUAAGACAGUUGAAUAUGAAACUUUAAACAACCGAUGUGAUUCAAUGGAGCAAACAAUUAUACUGGAACCUAUAACACCAGAUGGACAACUGGAAAACCCUUCUUUCUCAGAAUUCGGUUCCCACAUAGCCACAGGUGAAAGUAUAGAGCUGACACUUGUACAGACCAAACAAACUGAGAGACCCGAGGGAGAGGUGAUGCAUCAGAUACUUCAACAGCCUGAGAUCAGUGUGAUUCAAUCUGACCCUGUGGAUCAAAUGGUUUGUCAGAAUGAGCUAGCAGACAUCAAACAAAACCUUGAGCAAACGGUCAUAUUAGAACUUACUCCUGCUUUGAUACCAACUUUAGAGCUGGAACAAUCCCAAACUGUGCAACAAGAAGAAAACCCAUCCUCAUCUCUAGUACCAACCACUGAACUAGAGAAUACUCCAGAUCAGACUGUUAUAGAUGAGCGAGAAACCAGCCUGUCAGUCCCACCACUGAUGCCAACAGUCGAGUUGGAGCUGACACCUUUACAAACAGAGCAACAGGACCUUACUUCAUGCCAUUUUGUUCCAUCACACACAAUUACACAAACACCAAUAGAAUCUGAAACUGAUCCCAAGGAAGAUGAUGAUUCACAGUUGCAGACAGUAAAUCUAGAUCAGAUCCACAAUGUGAUGGACGGAGUUGCACCACAAGAGACACAAGAAAAAGCUGAACAAAAGCCAUCUGAACAAGAGCCAUGUGAGAAAUUGCUAGUAGAUCACAAUGAGGGUCAGGAAAAGUCUGAAGUUGAGGACACAUCACCAAAACAUGAGGUUCCAUCACAGUUAGAGACCAAGCAGGUGCCACAGAUCUCAGAGUUACCUGUAAAUGUAAUGUCAGCUCAAGAACUGGUUAAAGUGCGGAAAAGAAAGACAGCCAGUGCGUUUUUCUUUCAAGGAUAUAUACAAGAACAGGUCAGAUCAAUACAUAAGGAUGAUUCACAGAUUGAAGCCAAACCUGCCAAACGCCAAAGAACAAAAAAGUCUCACCUCGUUGUUAAAUUUGGUCCACAAAGCAAAGAAAAGAAAAACAAGAAACAGAAGAAACCAUCACAGCAGCGUCAGUCCCCACAGGAUGAAGAGACAACAGCAUGUCUCUCAGGGAAAAAAGCAGCAUCACAGAAGAAGGGAAGAAAGGGCAAAAAAGACAGGAAAAUGGGGCAUUUGGUAUCUACAGCUGAAAUAAAAUCACCUUCAUCGACCCAGGAAUCACAGGUGCAACAAAUCAGAGAGCAUUCAAGAAAAAAUAAAAUGAAAAAGCAAAAAGAAGACGCCAGGGAGGGCGUGGUGCAAAUAAGUGAACACAAAACUGUUGCUUCUCCUGUAUUUAAAAAGAAAAAACAAACAAAAAUAUUGCGUAAUGACCAACCCAAGAAUGCCAAGGGUAGGAAGAGAAAGAAAAACCCUGCAAAAGAGGAAGACGUCAAUACAAAACCAAGCGAAGCUUUAGCAGACACACAAGGACCACUCAUAACACAAGACUCUCUUCUUCUACUAAAAGGCCAUAAACAGCCCCAGCUGAAAGUUUACAAGUUAGACCCUUCAAAGGCAUCGGGUCAGACACAGGAGGCUUCACCUCAUGAGUCCCCGCAAGACGACAAACACACAAAAAGUGAGUCUACAAAAAAUCUCUCAGCAGAAAGUAAGAAGAAAGGAGGAAGACCAAAAAAGAACCAGAAAGCUCUUUCGUUGCUGUCCUCGUUACAGGUUUCCCGUCAACUACCUGAGACACUACCCACCAAGCCAAAGACCACCAGGAAGCGCAAAGCCUCCUCAAAAGUAGAGACCGAGGGAGUGAUAACUUCUUCUCAUUCCAAACGUGCCUUGGAGUGCAAGGACUGUGGGGAGAGAUUCAGUGAACUCUCGUCACUUCAGAAGCACAAGGCAACAGUGCAUAUUGUAGAGAGUCCAGGUCUCACUUACACCAAUGGGAACAUCUUUGAAGGGGUCUCCAGGCUGGAUCUUUACCAGCUUCCAAAACAACGUGAUAAGGUUGUUGGGGUGAUGAAUGCUGCUGCAGACUGGGACACUGAGCCUGAGAUGGUAGAGAUGGCUUUAGAAGAGAGAGAGCGAACUGUCUCUUUUCCAGCUUUGAUUCCAUCCCCUUCUUUACUUGUUCCUCCUCCUGAGGUUGAAACGAGUCCCUAUGAAGAUAAACGUCGGAGUAAAAUAGACGCAGAUGAUCAGUCUGAAACCUUUACAGAAAUUCGCUCUCCAUCUGGUCAACUGAAAAAUAAUGACACGCCUCCAAAUUUCACAUCUGAUUCUGCUUCAUGUACCUCUACUCAGACAAAGAAUGUGGAUACCAGAGACCCUUUGGCGUCAGAUGAAGGCAAGCGAGAAAAAAGUAAUCCGAAGCAUCCCAGCUCAGAAUCUGAUGUUCAAGCAAACACGGAUGAAGACAUUAAGGAGGAUUUACUUCUCGAGGUAGAUUUAGUCACUGUUGGGGAGCAGAAUGAAAGAGAUGAUCUAACCUUACCUCAAGAAAGUGUUCCCCAAAAUGAAUCAGAGGAAACAGGUAAUUCUGAGGUUGUAAGUAGUGGAAAACUUACACCACCAAGACAGGUUGAAGAGGCAACAAUGGAGAAAAGUCAUACUUCGCAGACUGUGUCGUGCUCUACGCAUCCAGUAGAGAUCAAGGAAGAGGAGGAAGAAUUAUUAGUCCAGAGAAAAAAAGGAGGGAAAGGAGCUGUUACAAAGAAAGCUUCAAGAGGUAGGAGACGAGGAUCAGGACAUCUAAAAAGGGGAUUGAUAUCUAAGACAACUUCAGGAGGAGAUACUGUCAGAGGAACAGAAUCAGAGAAAGAACAAGAUGAAUGUCAGAUAGUUUACGAAGAACAUCCGAUCACAUCGGAUUCAGAAAUUCAUGAUCAAAUUGAGACUGGCACAAAGACUUCACAGCCAGAGAUCAAUCCUGAAAUUGAGGCCAACAAAGCUACUGCACCUGUCGCAUGUUUGCCUCUCGUGCCUCUAGAGGAAUCUCCUGAAGAGCGAGUCGUGUUUGAGCUUGAGUCUGUCACCACGAGCGUUGAGGAAAUAAUGAAUGAAGGAGAGCUAAAGGGAGGAGCGGAACGUGACAGGGAGGUUGAUCAGUCUCCAGGCAUCAUACUGGAGAAGUUCCUCACCUCCAGACGGAUAGAGCCUGCUGACACAGAGCCAUGCCAGAUGACCCCAAGGAGCAAUCAAAGACAGGGUUUGGACAACAUUACUGAAAACGAAGUACAAGUCUCUGAGAGCCAGGAGAUCAAGGUUGAAGAGAAUACCGCAGAUCCGCUGCUGGUUGCGCCCACCUGUCAAAAUAGAAAGAACGCAAGUGUGCAGCCACAGCACCAACGAGAUAUAAGGAACGUUCUGGUGAAAGAGGAGAGCAGCCUCAUGCUGACUGAGGCUCAGGCCCCACAGGGCAGCAGACACAUCAGAUGGAAUGUUGAACCAGUGAACAAUGAAGAUACUGCCACUCCUUCAAUGCAGAGUGGGGAGACAAGUGACUGUUGCAUCACACCAGAGUUCAACACCAACCAGUGUAUCUUCUACCCGGUUAAAGAGGAGGAGAGGGAGGUUCUCCUGGGAGCCACUCAGACCAGCAGACAGAGUUUGGACCAUGAGGUGUCCGGUGCUGCUCAUCAGACAGAGCUUCAGUGCGCUGAUAGUGUUUCAUAUGAAGGGAGCCAUGCCGCACAAGACCACCAGGAAGUGAGUGUGAGAGGACUGUUGUCUGAACCAGGGGUCAGAGACUUUACAGAUGGACAAGCUGAGGCAGAUGCUGAGUGGCCUCAUCCAACAGACCUCUGGGACUUUCUCCUCCGGAGUUCUGAUGAAGAAGAGCAGGGUGGUUUUGAACUGUCUGAUCCUCAGCUUGAAUCAGAAGCAGAAGUAAUGGCCUAUUUCUACAAGAACAAGACCAACGGAGCACGACAGCCAGAUAAAACAUCACAAAAUUUGUCAUCUUCAACAAGCCAGCUCCAAACAUCAGGAGAUGAAAACAGGACCAGAGAGCCCAUUGAUUACUUCUCCAAAUAUUUUGGUUGGGAUGCCUGGGUAGAAAUUGCCUAUUGCACAAAUAAAUGUUCCAGCAUGCCGAAGCCAAUCACAGCCAGAGAGGUUGCACAGUUUGUUGGGAUCCACAUUGCAAUGGGAACUUUGAAGUUUCCCAGUCCAAGGCUCUACUGGGAGGACUUGACUAAGGUACCCUUAAUUGCUGAAGCCAUGCCACUUUCACGCUUCCUCGAGCUGACUUGUAUGUUGAAGUUAGCUUCUCCAGCAAAAGAUCCAGCGGACAGUAGUGCUCAGGAGGCAAGGCCCAACAGUGACUUUGGACUGCUAGGUAAAACUCUGCCAAGCAGCGUAAGUGACGGGCAAAGCUUACGUGACAAGACAAAUGAUUUGAACAGUUCUAAAACACAGACUGAUCCCCUUUGGAAGGUUCAGCCAAUACUGUGCCAUUUCAAAGCUGGGUGUCAGUCACUGAGAAGAGAGGGUGAUUAUGCAGUUGACCAAUAUCUACUUCCUUUGACCGGGAAGCUGCAAAAUAACAAAGUGUCCCUGCACUGCACGACAUUAAUUGAAUUUGGUGGUUUACUCUUACAUGUGGAUUUUAAAUUAAAUCUCUCGGACAAAGAGGACGCUGUAGAAAAAAUGGUCUCAAAAGGUAGUAUGGUGUUUCUCUGCAAGCAAGAACUCUCUACCCCCGCAAUGCUGGAGCGCCUUCUAGUUGCUGGGGUGCAUGGUGCAGGCAGGGUGGGUGGAGCACGAGGUCAGAUCGGGGAUGAGUUUGUAAGCUCGGACGGGAAGCUGAUGUUACGCAGGUCACACUGUGGCUUCAUACUUUCGACUGCGGGGAAUGGCCAGAGGGACAUGGCUUCUCUCAUAGACAACUUUGAAAAGGCCCAGAUGUCAGCUCGUCUCAACAGAGAUUUGCGAAGUCUUUACCCUAUUCCCCUCACUGCGUCAGCCCCAACCUGCUGGCCUCAAGCGGUGCUCUGGUACCUUACAGAUCUGGCUUUGGUCAACUCCUGGCUGCUGUACCGACAGGAUCAAAGGGCACUUUCUGCACCUUUGACACUCAUGGCCUUCAGACUGGAGGUAUCCAAGGCUUUGAUCCACUCCAGUGGCUCUGAUACCCAGGACUCUGUUCCCCCUCAACCCCCCACAGAGAAGGCCCAUACAACAAAUGAAACGCCCAAUCCCAGCCUGGUGGAGGAAAGUCCUCUGCCAGAUGCAGCGACGCGGUACGAUGGUUCGGGCCACUGGCCAGAGCAGCUGGGGGAGGGAGAAGGAGGCAGGUGUCGUUUUGCGGACUGUCAGAGAACAUCUCGAGUGCUAUGCCUUAAGUGCUGUGUCUUCCUUUGUAUCUCGCGUAACCACAACUGUUUUUUGAAUUUCCAUAAUCAAGGGAGUUUUGGAAAAGAGUAGUCUUUACCCUUAAUUUUUAACAUCUUACUUCCUGAUACAGGAUGUUGCUGUGUUUUUUAGGUCUAUGUAAACACAGCUUAUCAAAAACAAUGCUAUUACAUCUUCUGUCCUGACAACUUUUCCAUGAUGCCUUCCACUGGCAGUGUCAUUCUUUUGUAGGAUUAUUGGGCUGCAGUUUAAAAAACAAAUGCUUUAUGACGUGGCUUGUUAUGUCAUUACAUAGCAUGUGUAAAAAUGAAUUUGCUUUCAGAAAGAAAUGUUUAAAACACUCAUAGCCAUACACUUUUUCUGUUAAAUAAGAGAUAAAAUGAUUUUGCUCGAAUUGCAAUUAUCAUAUUUUUACUAUUAAUUUAAACCUGACCUGUUUUACAUUACACAAUGAGCUUGUUUAAUAGCUAUAUGAUUGUAACAUUAUUUAAGUGAAUUUCAGAAAAUGAAAUAAAAACUGAUUUAUAUAAUACCUGCUUAA